AUUAACAUCUUUUCGGAUACACCUCUACAUACAAUUUUCGUUGUCUAUGCGAUUCGAGUCUUUCUUUUCCGUGCUUCUUCGUUUACUGUAGAGGUUAUAAAAAUGACACGCAAACGCCGUAACGGAGGACGAGCCAAGCACGGCCGUGGACACGUUAAGGCCGUAAGAUGCACCAACUGCGCUCGUUGCGUGCCAAAGGACAAGGCUAUCAAAAAGUUUGUGAUCAGGAAUAUCGUUGAAGCUGCCGCUGUGAGAGAUAUUAACGAAGCCUCCGUUUACACCUCAUUCCAGCUGCCCAAGUUAUAUGCAAAGUUGCACUACUGCGUGUCGUGCGCAAUCCACAGUAAAGUAGUGCGCAACAGGUCCAAGAAGGACAGGCGUAUCCGUACUCCACCCAAGAGCAACUUCCCCAGAGACAUGCAGCGUCCGCAAAAUGUACAGAGGAAGUAAUUUAAUAAAUUUGUAAAAAUCCA